UUUUUUUUUUUUUGUCAUAUUGAUUUUCUUUAAUUCCAAUCUUACUGAUCCGAUAAGUUUCUAUUAAGGGUGGAUUGGAAUUUCUAAAACCGGAGGGGAGAGAAGAAAAGCAGAACGCACCUCUGCUAAUGUGCCCACGGUGUGAAUCAACAAACACCAAGUUCUGCUACUAUAAGGGCAUCUCCAACCGAAAAUCUCAUUUUUCACGCCAAAAUACAGCGAAACCAAAAAAUGCCGUGUUUCAUCUACAAUCGAACGCCAUUUUGCCGCUCAACCGUCACUUUGGCGCCUUUCUUCCGGUUCGGUAGAGGAAAAAAAUGGCGGAGAUGAACAGUGCGACGCCAAUAUUGGCGUCGCACUGUUCAUCCGCGAUCAAAUAGCGGCAAAAAUGGCGAUCGGUUGGAGCAAAGCGAGAACUGCAAACGAGUGUUUGCCGUUCGGUUGGAGAUGCCCAACUACAGCCGCUCGCAGCCGCGCCACUUUUGUCGGGCUUGCCGUCGCCAUUGGACUGAAGGCGGUACUCUUCGCAACAUCCCCGUCGGCGGCGGCUGCAAGAAUAAACGCCGAAAGAUUACACCCACCGCUACUUCAUUCGCCGCCGCCGCCGGCGGGAAUCCUAUAGCGCCAGUCGUCGGAGAGUUGAAAGAUCCCAUCUUUCCGGAUAUUCUCCGCCACGUACUACUCAACCAGCCGCCGCAGCCGCCUCUGGAAUCGCCAAGCAUGGACACGAUGGAAGGGUUAUUUGAUGCUGCGCUGUCGAAAAGUUCUUUAACAUUUAUGGAAGAUUUUAGUGGCGUGAGCUCCGGCUUGGCCUUGUCAGCAGGGGAAAUUCCGUUUAUGGCGGCGGCAUCUACCUCCCAUCAGAAUUUGAGCGGGGUCCAAGACGUCAGCGGCGGAUGCGGCGAUGGUUUUUUGGGAAUGAUGGACGCCUCGGCGGCUAGUAUUUGGGUUAAGAAGGAGACGGUGUUUCCGGCGAGCUAUUGGGAUUUUUGGGAUGGCGGCGCCGAGGAUUUGAACAUUGGUGCUGUGGCGGAGGAGAUCGUGGCGGAGACUCUGCUUCCGGAGUGACUCUCGCAGCCUUUUGAAACUGUUCUGUGCGGCUUUAUUUACCGCUAAAUGCGUCAUAUGAAUAAAGAGGAAGUUCUCAGUUCUGCGCUCGUC